AAAAAAGAGGAAGGGAUGAGAAAUGGACAUGUGAAAUUGGAGGGAACAAAAAAAGGAACGUUGGAAUGAGAUUGAGUGCAUGUGAGGAGUAGAAUAAAAAAGGACAGGAAACUCUCAUGUUUCCUAAGGAAUCUUAUUUACACAAGAAAUUAAGAGAGGAGAAGAGAUGACGAGCUAUCGCUGAAAGCAGAAGAAAAAGGCAACAGUCUUUUAGAGUGGUGGAGGGAGUAGUGGCAAUGUUCUCUUUUCGUAUGACAAGGCUGAAUCAGUAUCAUCGUGGCUAUUGCGCGCGAGACACUAUUCUCUUAUUCUCUCAUUCUCACUCUUUUAUUGCAAUUGUACAUAUGUGUUACGCGCGUGCCAUUGUUCAUACGUACUUGCUAUCAUUUUUUACGUUAUCUUCAAUAUCAGUAUGCUGAUUGCAAAGCUUUGAGGAAACAAUACGUGAUCGCCCCCCACUUUUAUUGGAUCCUUUUUGUUUAAACAAUCAAAGAAAGAAGAAUCCAAAGACUAUAAUGUGCAAACAUAUAAUUCUUGGCAGAAUUAUUAAAUAAACGAGAUCGUGAUCCCUUUUUACAAUGGUGUUGCUAAGUUCAGUCGUGCCUUUGAACUUCGAACCGUGCAAUUCUACGACUAUUAUAAUGGGUUCUGGAUAUUUAAAGCGUGCAAAUACUGAACGCCUCCAUGAAAUAUUUAAUCAGUACGCUUCACAAGAGAAAAAUGGCGAAAGGUUUAUGACCUCGUCUGACUUUGUCCGAACUUAUCUUGGACUCUACACCAACCCUGAUUACAAUCCUGACUCCGUCAAUUUGCUGGCUGGUAUCGUCGAUACCAGUAAAGAUGGACUCAUAUCAUUUGCCGAGUUUCAAGCGUUCGAAGGAUUGCUUUGUGUACCAGAUGCUUUGUAUAAGACAGCUUUCCAACUGUUUGAUACUAAUGGAAAUGGAAUGGUUGCAUUUGAUGAGUUCGCUGAGGUGAUGCGGAAAACGGAACUCCAUCGGCGGAUGCCCUUCAAUAUGGAUAGCAGUUUCAUUAAACUUUAUUUUGGAAAGGAUAAACAGCGACUGAUAAGCUAUGCGGAGUUCAGUCAAUUUUUGCACGAUUUCCAUGAAGAAUACGCGACAGAAGCAUUCAAGAAAUUCGACAAGGAUGGGCAAGGUUUCAUUUCGGCAUUAGAUUUUCAAGAUAUCAUGCUCAGCAUUAAGAGUCAUUUAUUAACUAAGGAUGUAAGAGACAACUUGGUCGCUGCAGCUAGCACCGGACAAGGUGGACGUAGCAAAGUCAGCUUUCCAUAUUUUAUGGCGUUCAAUUCCCUCUUGAAUAAUAUGGAGCUCAUUAAACGUAUUUAUCUUAACGCGACGAAUGGCCACAGAUUCGAAGAGGUUACCAAAGAGAGGUUCCUUCAUUCCGCACAAAUGAUGUCGCAGAUUACGCCAUUGGAGGUAGAUAUUCUGUUCCAGCUAUGCGACCUGCUACAUCAAACUGGGAAAAUAGUGUACAGCGAUCUUGUGGCUCUUACUCCUGAGCAAUAUUUCAAGCAAAUCACGAAACGCUUAGCAGAGAUCAAAGCGGUAUCGAGUCCUGAUGAGCGUGGAGUGAUCGUACAGAUACUCGAAAGCGGUUAUCGGUUCGUUCUAGGGUCCAUAGGUGGAGCUGUUGGCGCUACAGCCGUAUAUCCUAUUGAUUUGGUGAAAACAAGAAUGCAGAAUCAGAGGACUGGAUCGUUGGUUGGGGAGCUAAUGUAUAGAAACAGCUUUGACUGCUUCCAAAAGGUGAUCCGGCACGAAGGUUUUUUUGGCCUUUACCGAGGUUUGUUACCUCAAUUGAUGGGUGUAGCACCAGAAAAGGCCAUUAAGCUGACCGUUAACGAUUUUGUCAGAGAUAAGUUCAUGGAUAAAAAAGGAAACUUGCCCCUUUACGGGGAAAUUAUAUCUGGUGCUUGUGCUGGAGGUUCUCAAGUAAUAUUUACGAAUCCUUUAGAAAUUGUGAAAAUUCGAUUGCAAGUGGCUGGAGAAAUAGCAGGCGGGUCUAAAGUUAGAGCUUGGACUGUCGUAAAAGACUUAGGCUUGUUUGGCUUGUACAAAGGUGCUAGAGCAUGUUUCUUGAGGGAUAUUCCUUUCAGUGCAAUUUAUUUUCCAGUAUAUGCUCAUACAAAGGCACGAUUAGCGGAUGAAGGAGGAUAUAAUAAUCCUCUGUCGUUAUUAGUAUCUGGUGCGAUUGCUGGUAUUCCUGCAGCAGCGCUGGUCACUCCUGCAGAUGUAAUAAAAACUAGAUUACAAGUUAUAGCGAGACGAGGUCAAACGACAUAUACUGGGUUACUAGACUGUGCAAAGAAAAUUUACAAGGAAGAAGGUGCAAGAGCAUUUUGGAAAGGAGCCACAGGACUUGGCAACUUACUUCUAACCCGAGUAUUCAGAUCAUCACCUCAAUUCGGCGUCACCCUUUUCACUUAUGAACUUCUGCAAAGGCUGUUCGUAGUUGAUUUUGGUGGAACACGACCUACGGGAUCGGAGCAAAAGGUGCCUGCGAUAGGAGUGGCAGAAGAGAUUCGAUCGACUAACCCAGACCAUAUAGGAGGCUAUCAGAUUGCCUUACCGAUCUUUACCGGCAUCGAAACAAAAUUUGGUCUUUGCCUGCCCAGGUUCCAAGCAGUAGAAAAAAUCAGAAAGUAACGUCAUCGUUUCAGCUUCAGCUAGAUGAUGAAGCUUAUAGCGACCUACUCAUCAUUACAGAAUUUCGUAUCAAAUCGCUGAAAAUUCAGACUAUCUGAGAAAAAUGAGUGAAACGAGCUCCACAGAAUCAUAAACCGAAUAAAAUGAUAAUCCGUCGAUUGAUCGAUAUGAUAAAUUCAAUCUGGAUAAAGAGAAACAUCAUAAGACAUAGAAUCCUUAAGAAUAAUGACAGUGUUGCAGGUUGUUAAAUAUGACACGAAAGAAAGAAAAACUUGGAAAAAGAAAGAACUUGGAAAGAUAUUCAAAUACGACAUAUUACAUACGAGAGUUAAAAGUAAAGUGUUAGAUAGAAAUAUGGUGAAAAUUGCAUAUUCUAUCCGAGAUUAUUACGUAGAUUAUUAUGUCUAGUAUGUUUAACGAUAAUUGACGAUAAAAAAAGGAUAGCGUCAACACGCACAACCUUCUUCGUGAUAAUCGGUUCACCGAAAUCGAGAUAGCAAUUGUGAGAAAAUCACACACAGGGUUUAGACAAGUUAAAUACAGACGGUUUAGCCUAAAAGACAUUAUUGAAACGAGUGCAGCCUUUUUACGCUUAUGUUAUGCAAGUGUGGAGCUCGAAUGGAUUGGCGAUGCGAAGAAGUAGAUGAAGUUAUCUUCUUUGUAUAUUUUCUUUUCUAUAAUCUUGUAUUUUUCACAUUUCACCCAUUGCACCUGAUUUAAAACAGCGAACAAAAUACAAGCUAUACGUGGUAGCAACGCUUAUCUCUUUUAUUGUUACUUUGCAUUAAAUAGAAUUUUCUACUGAAAAUGAAGAAAAUUGAUAAUUUAUCGAAGAAAUAUAAACGAAGAAAAUGGUGCGAAGGGUGAAAUUACAUUAAAAUAUUUAAUCCAAUCUGGUUUGAAGAGAGAAAGAUAGAAAACCGGUUCGUGCUUCAAACCUUGCUUUAUGCCGCUGUGGUCACCAUAUUACUUUUUCUACUUUUUAUAUAAUGGAUCGAAGAUAUACUCGUUCGUAUAUGUAUUUGUAUCGAAGAGUUCACACUAUUUUUGUAGUGUUCUACUCAAUUGGAGCGGAAAUAGAGGUUUCAUAACAGGAUUUCUGUUUUCCUAAGAAUGUUGGCAGGUUUCAAAAUUGUCUUACCGCUUCUCUCAACCCUUUAGAAUCGCUUUUUGAGCUUUUUAUGAAGCCCCGGGAGGGCUGUACAAGUUAUUGAUCUCUAAUUUACUGAUCGACGGCUGUAGAGUUCCGCCAUGUUCGCCUAUUUUCUACUCUUCUUCUAGUCGCAACUGCCAUUCGUUUUCUUAUUUCUUUUUCGAUAUAACAACGGUAUAUUAAUUUCGUUUGAUCGAUAAUUAUUAUCUCGAUGAUAUUUGACUUUUAAUAAUAUGUAGAAUUUUGUUCAUUCUAUCGCACAGCGAGAUCAGAGGUUAUGCCACUGUACAUUUAUUUCUUUUUUAUCUAAAAUUAGUGAAAAAUAUUCAAACAUUCUGUAUCACACGAGAUUCUCAAACUAUCAGGAAUCACGUUAUAUUUUGUCCUGUCUCAGACAAUACUCUGAUUAGAGUUAAGAGUCUUGUAUGAUACUAUGAGAAUGUUUUAGAACAUGUUUUUCUCGUAAACAUUUUCGUCCGCUUAUUAAAGUAACUCGGUGUGGCCUCCACGCGUUAUCUAUGCAAAGAUAAACGAGUUCUAUUUAUAAGUAAGAAUUUAGUCGAGAGUUCGAGGAAUGUUUUAAAAUGAUAAAAAGAAGGACUGGAUCCUUCAUCCCUAGUUAAUGUUCACGAGUCUCGAGCUAUUUUAUAUCACACGCAUGGAUCGAGAAAACAUUGUGAAUCCUUAAGACGAUCGUUCAAAAUAUUCGAAGAGUCGAUAUACAAUGGUCCAAUAUUUCUUAAGAAAAGAGAAUGAAGAAAAUUUUUUUUUCUCAUGUAUCAAGAUAUUCAAGUGUAUAAAAAUUUCUUGAUCCUGGUUUGUCGGUGGUAUCUUUGAUAAUUUUGAACGAUUGCAACGACCAAUAUCGACCAAUAUUGGUUUUUCGUCGAGAGGUCUAAAAGGCCGUGAAACGCUCCCUCCCGCAGUUCGAUAAUAUAUUAUUAACAAUAUACGUCGGCUCGUACUUGCUGUAGAGAAAAUUAGAUGGCUUGGGACAAGUUUUCGAUACUUUCGAUCGAACAUUUCGAAGUGUGCAGGCACAGAUUCGCGAAAGUAAUAAUUGUACCAAGCUUUAAGAUCAGCAUUAUUAUAAUAUUUUUAAAAUACUUUUCAAAAGAUAAUUUUUUAUCAUUGUGCUCAGAGAACAAAUACUUUAGAAUGCUUUAGAUUUUAUAAAUUUACCAUUCGCUUCUUUAUAAGAAUUUCAAAUUAGCAUUCAUUUAAGCAACAUUGUAGAAUUAUUAAAGUUUAUUGUUGCUACCGAUUGUCAGCGAAAUGCGAUUCACCAGCAUUUUUCACUACCAGCUAUUGCGUAUUUCUUUUUGUGUGCAUGUUGUUGAUCAAGAUCUCAGAUUAUUGCCUAUAAAAUUAAAAAAAAAAAAUUUUGAUCUUGAUCAGAUCUUGAUACAGUAUCUUUGUACACUAUAAUUUUUAAAAAUUCUACAAAAUUAUUUGUAGAUAAAAGCAAAUAUUUUUGUGAAACAUAUUUACUUUUCCAUCACAAUUUUACAGCAGAUUAGGACCUAUGUCUUCCUCCAGUGUAAGUUUUGGAAUUUAAAGUUAAUCUAAAUUUAUUUAAUAAAAUUUCAAUUUCACACGUGUACUUACACUUAAUACUUAUAUCUAAUGUAGUAUUAAUCAAGCUUGAUUCCAGAACUUAGAUAUCUCUCGUUAAAAAGAAUUUCAAAUAUCAUUCAUCAUAUUUUGAGCAAUAUCCUAAAAAAUAAAAAAGUAGUCAUAGUUAUUAAAAGCAUCAAAGUAUUAUCUCAUGAGCUGACAAAUUGUCAAUAUUUAGUUCAAAUAGUUAACAUAUUUUAAGAAAGCAACAAAAAAAUCAUGGAACGAAGGGAGAAGAGACACGCGCUGUCUUUUAGAUUAAAGAAACGUAUUUUUUUUGCCCGUUGUGAUUAAUGAAAUCACGUACAAAUACAAUACUGAAGAUCAUGUAUAUAAAAAAAAAACAAUUGAAAAAUAUGAUGUAAAGAUAUUGUUGGGGCAACUAAAAAUUGCUUUCUGGCCCGAAAUAUCAAUUUAAAUAUGAUCAUAAUUUAAUGUACAUAUAUGUAUGUAUAUGUCAUGCGUAUGGCAUGCACAAUUUGCAAAUGCGAAUACUGGUAUAUGGAAUUCGAUUCAAUUAAUUUAAUGCCGAUAAAAAGGUUUGCAUUCGAUAAGAAGAUUUACGGUCGGUAACAAAUUUCCCUGUUAAUUGAUUGAUAACCGAUUACCAAUCAAGAUGGAAAGUUGAGGUAGAUCAACUACCUUAUCGAUAAGACGUUUCAAGUGCCAAAUAUAUUUUCGAAGUUGUACUUUUUCUUUUUUUUUUUUUUUUUUCUUUUUUUUUUUGGCACUUCGAGUUUUCUUUUUGCAAUUUUAGUUAGUGGUUCGAGUCCAAUUGGACUGACUUAGAAAAGUAUUCGCAAGGUUCGAGAAUAUAUAAUAAAAUGAAAAAAAGUUCAGGAAUCCGUCGUGGGCAUUUGCAGCUCAAUACACUUUAGUUUUUUAUAUUAUCACACCGUCGAACAAUAUUUCUCUCAAUAUUUCUGCACUAAUCUCUAAUCAUCGUUCUUAGUACGAUUUAUCUCUUUCUUAUUGUUGUCACAAUUUUUAAUGUUGUUACAAGUAUUUGUCGAGUUUAACAAAAUAAAAUGUUUACAAGUCGUCAUAUACACACACAUGCGCGCGCAUGCGUGCUUACGAGCACGCAACGAACGUGAUAAUCAAGCUUGUGAUAAGGGAAGAAAAGAACAGGAGAAAUCAGACAUGCAUUGUAAAGGAAUUGAAAGAUUUCUACUUUUCAUAAAACUAGUACUUUAAAUAACAAAAAUAAAGUAUUUAUAAUUUUUUGUUCAUAUUCUAUUUUAUUAUUUUUUUUUUUUUUUAUAUUAAUACAGCAUAAUCUUUUGGAUUCGUUUUAAAUCCAGGAUUUUUCCAAUCGGCCUAAAACGUGAAGACAAUUUGUUUCUUCUGUUUUGCGGCAUUUCUGAAGAUCACCUGUUCUUUCUAUCGGCAACGAUUCACGAUUUUUCCCAGUAGAGAUCGAAAUGCAAGAUAUCGCCAAUAAGGACCACGAUAUUAAAACCACCCCAUAAAAAUAACGAAUGUAAAUCAACGACAACAAUUACUUCUUUGCGAAUGAGUGAAAAAUAAUUUAAAGAACUAAGUGAAAGAUUAUAUUAUCAAGAAAUGUAAUAUGUAGCUCGAAGUUUCGAUCUCUGUUCACAGGCUUUGAUAUUUCGCCUACUCGGUCGGAGAACCAACAACAGACAAAAUGACUACGCGAUUGCACAAAAAACAUAUAAUACCAGAGAAAAACUAAAUAAGCGAAUUAGGGUUAAAAGAACUAAUUAAAUUAAAAAAAAAAAAAAAAAAAAAAAACAAAAGAUUAUUAAGUAUAUUACCCAA